GCCUUUAUUAGUCGAGAUCGUUUGGAUCUUAUCUCGCAUAUGACACUCGGUGGAAGAAGGAAAAGAGAGGGGGGAUUAUCUGCGAACCGCCUUCCGAUCCGCUGAUUCCUGACACGGGAGAGCCUCGCUUAUCUAUCCCUCUUUAUCCCCAUCUUCCACAGGCGGAUGGACGAGUAGCCCUGGCUGCACUUUCACCGCUAUCAGCCCAUCUCCUCUAUUGUCUCACCAUCUCUGGGAUCAUACAGGGGGCUGACUGAUCCCCGCUUAUCAUCAUCAUCAUCAUCAUCACCACAAUCAUUAUUAUCAUUUCUUUUUCUCCAAAUCGAGCGACCAAAUCAUCUCAAGACUUGCGGCUGUUUUUGAUCAGCAGAAACAUUUCCAUGUUUGACGUUUGACCCCCGCGUGAUUCCCAUGUUGCAAGUUCGCGGCUGAGAAAAGUCAAAGAAGUACCUAAAAAAAAAAAAAUCGUUUCUUUGAGUUGAUUUUGAAUGUUCUCCUCUUUAACAUCUGAUGCUUUUUUUUGGCCGGAGGAAUAUGAGUUAAUUUGGAGUUGAGGCUCCGCUCAAGAGCGUCUUUUUAGUUCCUAACAAGAAAAAAAAUUAACCUCCAACUCUUUGUCAAGGUUCUUAAGAAGAACUGCCCACCAACAGAGAAUAAAAAUGAUGCUGAGCCCGGAUCAGGCUGAGGCGGACCUCUCCUGGACUCAGUCCGACCCGGAGACGAUGCUCAACGGUUUGAAGUCGGCCGGUUGCGCCUCGGACGAGCCGGCGGAGAUCGAAGACAGAGCCAAAUGCAAAGCCGAGCAGCCCCUGAGCAGAGAGGAGAAGAGGAGGAGGCGGAGGGCGACGGCCAAGUACCGCUCGGCCCACGCCACCAGAGAGAGGAUCCGGGUGGAGGCGUUCAACGUGGCCUUCGCGGAGCUGAGGAAAUUACUCCCUACCUUGCCCCCAGACAAGAAACUCUCCAAGAUUGAGAUCCUCAGACUGGCUAUAUGCUACAUCUCCUAUCUCAAUCAUGUGUUGGAUGUCUAAAAGUGAACCCCCUCCGCCUUCCACGCACGUACACGAGGAAGACUGGACUCAAGCAAGCGUGCUGGGAGUUAUUUGGGUAUGGCAAGGUUAGCAGUUAAGGUGGAGUGAUGCAGGGGAUUUUUAUAAGGUUUAUUUUGGUUUUCAACAGCAUAAUCACCACUUUGAAUAAAGUGAAAGUAAAUAAAGUAAAAAGAAAAAAAAAUUAAAGGAAUGAGGAAUUUUACAAUAAUAUGAAUAAUAAUAAAAACAAUCACGACUUUUACUGCAGCGUGCAAAAUGUUGAUUUUUGGUUGAAUUGGUUGAUGUAGAGUGUCCAACACCUGUGACACAAUGUUGCCUUGAUGAAACUGAAAUCUAUUUUAAUUAUGGGGGAAAAAAAAAAUCACCUACAAACUCCAACCAAUUCCAGCCCCAAAUCCGUUCAGCAUCAUCUCCAACCAAACUGAAGCAUCUCCUCCCCCCCGGAUGCUGAGACUUUGCCAUACCUCAUACUGAGCUGAGCCCUUCAGUGUGAGUCCAGUGUUGAAUGAUGUAGUAGCAGCGGUGGGGGGAAAAAAAAAAGUUGUGGGAAAGCCUAAACUUUCAGUCAAGAUCACUCACUGCGAGCUGUUUGAGCUGCUGGAUGCAAUAAUGAGAAUUAUUUUUUCCGAUAUUCAGUGUGUGAUGAUGAUG